CUCCACACAAUCCUGCGCCGCCGCCAAUGCCUCGCCGCUGGCUGGGCGCACGCGCGGCGGGCGGCGCCAAGUUCAAGUACCACUACAGUGUGCUGGUCGACGAGGUGGUUUUGCGCGCCGGCGUGGUCGCGCCGCCCGACGCCAGCUUCCGGAUCGCGUGGAAGCGCGGCGACAAGCUGGCGACCACUCGCGCCAGGGCGGCCGAGGGCGGGCGCAUCAAGUUUGACGAGACGCUCGCGCUGGUCUGCACAAUGUACCGCGACACCACCGGCGGCGGCUUCGACGCCAAGGAGGCGACCUUCACGCUGCUGCAGCAGCAGGGCCACAAGGGCGAGACAAGGAAGAUGGCGCGUGUGAGCCUCGACCUGUCGUCGUACGCGAGCGUGGACCCGGUGGUGAAGGAGUGUGGCCUCGUCCUCCUCCACGACGGCGUCCCUGUCGGCGACGCCAAGCUCACCAUCUCUUGCCGCUGGCUGCGCAACUACUCUCGCGACAGGGGCGACGACGCCGAGUCGAUGGUGUCGGGCACCGGCUCGGACCGGUCGGACGCUUGCUCCUCGUACUAUGGCCGAGGCUCCGGCAGCGGCUCCUCCUGCGCUUCGGUCGGCUCCUCCGCCUCCUCCUUCUCGAUCGCGGGCGCCUCCGAGGCGGGCAGCGACGUCGGAAAGAUGUCGGAGCUCGACACGGACGACGAACUAGAGGAGGCGGGCGAGGCGGAGCGCUCCGACGGCACGGCGGGCGUCGGCCUGCACGCGCCAGCCGCGGCGGGCAGGCCGCGCGAGGGCGGCAAGGCGCCGCUCGGAGAGCGAUCCUUCAAGGCGGGCUCGCUGCUCUCUCGAGGCCCAACAAAGGCGCAGGUCGCGGAGAUGCAGGCGACGCAGGCGGCGCUCGACGCAGCCGAGGCGAGGGUGGCAGAGCUCACCGCCGCGCUGCGCUCGGAGCGCAAGGCUGGCCGGUCGACAGCGGCGCGGGGAGACGCAAAGGCGGGCGAGGCAGAGGCGCUGCUCGCAAGGGUGGCGGAGCUAGGCGCGGAGCUAGAGGCGGAGCGGAGGGACAUGAUGCUGGCGAGCGCCCAGAUCGAGGCGUCGGACGAGCGCCUCGCCCUCGUCGAGGCCGACCUCGCCCAGAGCCGCAAGGAGGUGGAGCGGCAGGCGGCGGCGCUGCACGAGGGCAGCUCGGCGGCAGACGAGCUGGCGGCGCUCGAGGUGCAGCUGCAGGCUGAGCGGCGCGCGACCAAGCAGGCGAGCAAGACGGCGCAGGCGCUGAGCGCAAAGCUGAGCGAGGCGCAGGCUGGGCUUGUCGAGAGCAAGAGUGCGGCGCAGCGGAGUGGCGCCGCAUCCGAGGGGGAGGCGAGGGCCGAGCUCGCCGCGAGCACCGGGCAGACGGCAGGCAGCGCGGGCACGCCAUCUCUCGCGGCGGCGCUGUUUGGCGAGGGCAAGGCGAUGAACUCGGGCGGCGACCACUGGCGCCUCAAGCUGCACGAGCCCGAGCUCGCCGCAAGCCUCUACCGGCACGUCGCCGAGCAUGCGGACGCGUCCGACGCAGAGCGCGAGAUGGCGGCGCGCAAGCUGCGAGAGGCGGAGGCAGAGGGGGAGGCGCUUGAGCGGAAGCUGUCGGCCGCUCUCUGCGAGCCUGUCUCCCUCUCGGAGCAGGUCGCCUCCGUGCACGACGCCGCGGGCUCCGAGUCAGACGCCGACUCGGAAGACGACGACUUGUUUGGCGGCGCGGAGCUGGGCCUCGAGAGGCGGCUCUGCAAGCAGCUGGUGCUGAUGGUCGGCGAGGGGGGCGGCGGGGUGCGACGCGCGGACGAGGCGGCGGACACGGCGGCGAGCCAGGCCGCUUGUCGGCAGCUCGAGGCGCAGGUGGCGCAGCUGCAGCAAGACCUGCGCAAGGCGAGCGUCGCGCGGGCGCAGGCGCUCGCCGACAAAGCGUCGGUCGGCAGGGAGCUGUCGCAGCUGCAAAAGGCGACGCGGCGCGCGCGCGCCGACCACAUGGCCCUCAAGGAGGUUGCGACGGCGCUCGAGGUGAAGCUGGCCGAGCAGUCGACGAGCGCCGAGGCGCGGGGCGAGCUGCAUCGCUCUGGCUCCGGCCAGAUGGUCGUGGGCGACGAGAUGACGCGGACGGUACUCAAGCAGCAGGCGGAGCAGGUGGUGGCGCUGGAGGAGCGCGUGCAGGAGUUAGAGGCGGAGCUAGAGGCGCGGGGCGGCCCCGCGGCGCGUUGACGGCGUCAGCCGUCCCUCGCAAGAACGGCGGGGUGUCUCCGCUGCAUGCCGGAUGUCUGUCCCAUGUGAUGUGCGCCGCGCAAGAGGGCGGGCAAGGGGCGGCGGGGCGGCACGCUGCGUGACGCGAUGCGCUGUGUGGGCCGGACGCGCCCCGCCCGCCGCGCCGCCUGUCACGGCUGUGUCUCCACCCGUCUCGUCGCGCCGGCGUCCGUGAGUCUGAGUGAGUCGGAGGUCGAGGGGCGGGGGGCGUUUUUGUUCUCAGUGCCAGCAUGAGCCGCAAAACCUUCGGCUCUC